GCAACAAUGGCUUUGGCUGAAGGGUUUCGGUUUGGACCUCACAUUGUCUCCCAUUCACAGAGCUUUCUCCAAUCCAGGCUGAGCUACGCGUUCGUCAAUCUCAAGCCAAUCGUCCCUGGUCAUAUGCUCGUGGCUCCGUUGCGCGUUGUGCACCGGUUUACCGAUCUCAAUCCGGACGAGAUUGCCGACCUGUUCCAGACCACCCAGCGUGUCUCUCGCGCAAUUGAGAUUGCAUACAAAUCAAUUGCCCUGACUAUUGCCAUUCAAGACGGUGUUGGGGCUGGUCAGACGGUCGAGCACGUCCACGUCCACAUCAUUCCCCGGCACAAGGACGAUUUCGUUCCGAACGACAAGAUUUAUCAUGAGCUCGAUCAGCACGACAAGGAAGCCCAACGGCGGGCUCGGACGUCACAAGAAAUGGCUGACGAAGCCACCUGGUUCCGACAAUUCCUGGCGAUGGACACUGCGAACUAGAUCGAAUGAAGCUGUUCGUUUUGCAAAGCGAUCGCAGAUUGUCGUGCUGGUUUUUUUUUUGCUACUCUUGUUCACUAGUAGAGCAUGCCGUGGGUCUGGCU